CUACCCGUGGGGAGCGUUUCCGCCAUUUUUGAAAACUGGGACCGUCCGGUGCUUCUCCUGGCCGCCGAGAUGGCAGCGUUCGCCGUGGAACCCCAGGCACUUUCGUUAGGAUCCGAACCAAUGAUGCUGGGCUCCCCCACAUCUCCAAAGUCAGGAGUCAAUGCUCAGUUCUUGCCUGGAUUUUUAAUGGGGGAUUUGCCAGCGCCAGUGACUCCGCAGCCUCGAUCAAUUAGUGGUCCUUCAGUUGGAGUAGUGGAAAUGAGAUCACCUUUGCUUGCAGGUGGAUCACCGCCACAACCUGUUGUACCAGCUCAUAAGGAUAAAAGUGGAGCUCCACCAGUCAGAAGUAUAUAUGAUGACAUUUCCAGCCCAGGACUUGGAUCAACACCUUUAACUUCAAGAAGACAGGCAAACAUUUCGGUAAUGCAGAGUCCUCUUGUUGGAGUUACGACAACUACUCCUGGCACGGGACAAAGUAUGUUUAGUCCAGCAAAUAUUGGCCAACCACGGAAGACAACAUUAUCUCCUGCCCAGUUGGAUCCUUUUUUUACUCAAGGAGAUUCUCUGACUUCGGAGGAUCAUCUGGAUGAUACUUGGGUCACUGUAUUUGGGUUUCCUCAAGCAUCUGCUUCCUAUAUAUUACUACAAUUUGCACAGUAUGGAAAUAUCUUAAAACAUGUGAUGUCUAAUACAGGAAAUUGGAUGCAUAUUCGUUACCAGUCUAAAUUGCAGGCCCGGAAAGCUUUAAGCAAGGAUGGGCGGAUUUUUGGAGAGUCCAUUAUGAUUGGUGUAAAACCGUGCAUUGACAAAAGUGUGAUGGAAAAUGGUGACAGGUGUACUUUAUCAUCUCCAUCUCUAGCCUUUACACCACCAAUAAAAACCUUAGGUACACCAACUCAGUGUGGAAGUACCCCCAGGAUCUCUACCAUGAGACCUCUUGCUACAGCAUAUAAAGCUUCUACUAGUGACUAUCAGGUUGUUUCUGACAGACAAACGCCAAAAAAAGAUGAAAGUCUAGUAUCCAAAGCAAUGGAAUACAUGUUUGGCUGGUAGCAUAGUAGGAGGAGACUGCUACACUAAGACUGUUAGCAGAGUGCUGCUGGGUUUCCUUCGGUUAGUUAUAUAACCACGUUUGGCAAUAUUGGAUAGCUCUCUCAUAUUUCCUUUUUUAUUUAAGGAUAUAGCAUAUUUGUAGCUCACACUUCUAAAAUGCUUGAGAUCCCUUUUAAAGAAUACUAAUAAUAAAAAACCCUGAAAAUAGGACUUUGUAAUUUCUGUUUAUUAGUGCAUGCAUAUGGACAAGAAACUCAGGAUUGAUUACUAUAAAUUUUAUAGCUGAGUUUGUUGUGAGGCUUUGUGGUAUUCAUGAGUUAUUGGAGUAAAUUUCCUGUUACUUCUAAAGGUCACAAAGAUUAUAAUUAAUAAUUUGAAUUAUGGACUUUAAAUUUAGAUAGUAUUAAAUAUAUCUCCUUGUUUAUAUGUCCUGUCAUGAAUUGUUACCUUUUAGAAUCUGAAAACUGAAAUCUUUUUAAAGAUCUACUAAAGUUUCUUGAUAAUAAAGUUUGUUAUUUAUAUGUA